UGUGUUUUCACCCAGGGUGAGAUCUAAAACCUGCAGGACAGCAUCCCUUGAGGCCUGGAGUUCCCCUACCCCUGCUGUAAAGUAAAAGUAUUUUUAUACAAGUGUUAUUUUAACAUAGCUGAACAAUAAAGCACUAAAAAAUGACAGAUAUGGUCAGUUAAACAUACUGCAGUAUUUUAUGGCUUGGUAUGGUCACUCUGGCCGCUGUUCAUCAUUAGUGAGUGUACUCGGAUACAGUGAGUCUGGGGUUUCUGUGGAAGGCUGUCAGUCUGCUGGGACCUUACUGACAGAUGCCAUCAAACACCUUUAGGAUGAACUAGAACACAGAUUGUGACUCGGUGCUCUCAUCCAGCAUCAGUGUCUGAGCUCACAAAGGCUCCUCUUGCUGGGCAAAAAUAACAGACACCGAAACCUUAUAGAAAGCCUUCACAUAGUGGAAGCUGGUACAGGUUAAGGCUCCUGUCGGUGGCCUGGUCUGUAAUCACACACUCACAUUUAACUGAAGCACCAAAUAAAUGAUUUGUUCUUCCACAAAUCCUGUAAUGUCGACAAAAAGUGGACCGGCCAGUGAGCAGACCUCUGUCUGCUGAGACUGAUUAACCUCAGCUUGUUCUCUCAUGUGGGUAAAACCAUUGUAUUGCAAACGGUUAUUGGGGAGGGAGCAACAACAAUAAUUCUGUUGUUUCUGCAGUAAUUGUCUCUGAGCAGGGAACUGAGGAGUGAGCAAUCUCCUCUUCCAUGACUUUGAUGUUCUCUGCAGCAUCACAGAAGGACUUUCAUCUUGUUUUUAACGCUGCUCAGAGACCUCCACCUUUAUCAGAACUUUAAUCUGGACCCUCUUAUGAUUCACGAUUGUUUAAGAGGAAAGGAAACUGGUUCAUAACGAGAGCCACGGCCUAAGGCAUCACAUAAAAACAACAGACAGACAGAAUUUGACAUGUGUGAAAGCAGACAGUUUGUUGGUUUGCUGACACGUCACCACAGAAGUCACGGUUAUAUUUGCACUCGCUGUAAACUGAAGGUGGGAAGCCGUUCUUACAACUCAGCCCUUCAGCCAGCAGGGGGAGUGGUGUGGCCACGCUCUUCCGCCUGAGGAGCUCCCGGCCGUGUCAGGGACAGAAGACGAAAAGUGCCUCAGACCACAGAGCAAGUCAAAGAAAGUGCUGAAUGAGAAAAGCUGAUGGUUAACUCUGGAUUCUGUGUGGCCUCGGUGUCUAUCACAGACAGCUCAGUCAGGUCAGUCAUAUUUAUUCAGCCCAACAAGACAAAGAUCCAGAAAACAGAAGACAAGCAUUAAAACAGACACAGAGACAGAUACGACUGUACACUGAUACUACGAACACUCCCUGAGCGUUUGAUGUUAUUUUAAUUUUUUUUAUAAAAACCAAGCAGAAGAUUCAAUUUGAGUCUUUUCUCACUGAAGCAUGACGUCUGUGGAUCAUAAUGUCCACAAACAUGGACGAUGACAUCAACGUUAAUGGGAGGAGCUCAGAGGAGCCCAGCGAGGCUCUUCAGUGUGAACACAGUCUCACUGUGUGCAACUCCACAGAUAACAGAGCUGCCAGCACAUAGAGACUCACUCAUACAAACCUUACACACACACACACACACACACACACACACAUUAUAACACGCACACACUCUUCACUGAAGCUGCCGGAUAUCUGUGUGUUAGAGAGAUUAGUCCAGUAAGAUGAAGAGUGUUCUUACCUGGGCAGCACCCAGGUGAGCAGUGAGGCCUUUACCAGUUCUCUCCAGGACAGCUGGAGCAACUCAAAGGAGACAGCUAAGAAUCUCUGACCAGGUAAGACUGGGAGCUGUUCAGAAGCCAGGAAAACAAAAUGUCAGCAAACUUGGCCACAGACGACAGUCCGGCUGUGUGUUGCUGGUCCUAAAGUACAGGUGAGGGAUGACCUGGAUGAAGACAGGUGAGUCUGCUGAAGAGCGGGACCUGGGAGGCCCCACCAGCAGGCGGAGCCCAGAGCAAACCCAGCUCACCUUUACCUGCGGAGCAGUAUGAGAACACAGGAAGGCCUCGUACCUCGUCCAGUUUUAUUUAAUGAAUGGGGAUGUUAAGAGGGAUGUUAAACAUGGAUCCUUUUUUAUUAUGUUCUUCUUCUUAAACUCUGUUGACUGCUUGGUUUCAGGCCUCUUGACUGAACUUUGCCAGUUGUAAGGGAGUUCUUCCCACCAUCACCAGGUGAUGCUCACAGCGAAUCGAUCUGAUGGAGCUUUGAGGUUGAUGUCAAUUAGUGCUAUGCAAAUAAAACUGAACUGAAAUGUGAAAUAUACUUGAAAAUGAUUGGAUGUAGCCUCACAAUAAUGCUGUCAGCUUUAGCUCAGCGUAUGCCAUAAACACACACACAUACACACACACCUGUCCGCAGGUAAACAGUAACAGGUAAUUUAUAUGUGUGUGUGUCCUAUGGUUUGGGCUGAGGUGGGGUUGGGUGUAGUUAUUGCUGUCACGUCCUGUCCCGGGCGCCAAAGCAAACAGAAGCAUCAGCAGGAGGUUACAGACAGUCGGGGAAAUGUGCAGUUUGACAGACGAGAGCAAACAAGCAGUCCGGCCUGUGGCUUCGCAUCUCUCUGGGAGUCCCUGCCGUAUAUUUCCUCCACGUUUGGUGGAAAUUCAUGUGGACCGUUGCCCAGAAUUCAUACGCCGGGAAACGUAAAGUACAUGGAUGUGAGCUAACACCAUCCUCCCACAGCACAGCGGAACAGAAACAGGUGGAGGUAGCGACAGCGAGUUAUCUGCAGAGGUUUGUGUGUGAUGAAGUGAGACAGAGCCAGUAUUUUAAAGUGUCAGAAAUGGACAAUCAGAAAUUGAUUGACACGAAAAGCUCUUUAAUAUUUUCACUUAGGAACAUCACCUGCAUCUUUAAGCUUUGAAAAAAAAUGAAAAAAAGAAGAAAGAGUCUGUUUUGCAGCUGUUGCUACAAAAUUGUCAUUUCAUGUCAAACUGUGUUAUUUUUGGAUUUUUCAUAGAUUCAACAAAAGAAAUGUGAACAAAUGAUGAAAACACCGGUUAAUAGGGAUGUAAGAAAAUAUCGAUACAACAAAAUAUCGCGAUAUUUCGCGCAAUGAUACUGAAUUGAUAUUUAAAAUCAGUGUUAUCAAUUUUUUUAAUUGAAAAAUGACAUGCAUUUACUGUUUAUUUCUUUUGUAUGUUGGAAUUCAAACUCCGGCCACUGGUUUGCAGUUUUCACCGCCUUUACUAUGACGUAAAAACGAGGUCUCACGAUAACUGUAGAAGCGUCUAGUUUGCCAAAAGAACGAAGUAGAACAGUCAGUGGACGUGUGUGAUGCUAGCUAACUGAUGACUGAAGAGGAGAGGAUACAGCCGGCCCCCGCAGCUUUCAAAGCUGAUGUGUGGACUUAUUUUGGAUUUAGGACAAAAGAAGGCAGUAAAGACUAUGACAAGAGCUAUGCAGUCUGUGAAAUCUGCACCGCCAGAGUCAAAUAUUCCGGUAACACAACAAAUUUACUAACACACGUGUCUAGACACCAUAGCGACGUAGCGUCAAAUGCUAAUUUUAAAACGAAACGAGGUGAUCCCUCUCAACAGACAAUUGAAGAAGUUAACUUUUCGAAACUACCAGCAACUUCAACUCGUGCAACAAAAAUAACGCAGUCAGUACUUGUUUUUAUUUGCAAAGACAUGCGCCCUUUGAGUGUUGUGGAGAAUAAAAGAUUUCGUAAUAUGAUUAAAACGCUGGAGCCCUGUUACACCGUUCCUUCUCGACAGCACAUCACGGACAUCGCUCUGCCAAAGUUGUACCAAGAAGUCAAAGCGACAGUGCUGGACUCUCUCAGCUCGGCUGAGACAGUUGCUCUGACAUGUGACGCUUGGACUUCGAGAGCCACUGAAUCGUACGUAACUGUUACAGCACAUCACAUAAUGGACCAGUGGAACCUUCAGUCUCAUGUACUACAAACCCGAGCCAUGCAUGACAGUCACACAGGUGAGCACAUUGCAGCAUUACUAACUGACGCUGAAUGGGGAUUGAACGCAAAGGACCUUGUUGUUGUUACCGAUAAUGCACCAAACAUGGCUCUCGCGGCUAGACUUGCAGGCAUGAUGCACAUACAAUGUUUUGCACACAGUCUGAAUCUCACCUCACAGAAAGCACUGAAAAUACAAUCCGUGGUGCGACUUCUCGGGAGGAUCCGACGUGUAACAGCCUUUUUCAGGCGCAGCACCACAGCCAGCAACCAGUUGAAGCAGAAACAGUGCCUCCUUCAGCUACCAGCUCACAGAUUGAUCACGGACAUAAUUACAAGAUGGAACAGCUCCUAUGAUAUGAUAGAACGAUUUUUAGAACAGCAACCAGCCAUCUGUGCGGCUCUGCUUUCUGCAGAAGUUAGGAAGAGUGAAAAAGAAAUUUUCACAUUAAGUGAGUCUGACAUCACAUGUGCAGAAGAAGUUGUCAGGGCACUCAAGCCUAUGAAGGAUGCCACCCUGGUGAUGUCAGAGGAGAGUAUGCCAACCCUGCUUCUCUUCAUGCCAAGCUUGUGAUGGGUGCACAAGAAAGUGUUGAUGAUACACCGAUAGUAAGGGACAUUAAGACUGCCAUAGCAGAAGAUCUGGGAAAGAGAUAUGUAAAUGAGAGGGAGACACUAUGGAUGGCAUCAACUGUUGAUCCUCGGUUUAAGGACCUGCCCUUCCUGUCUGAAGCAGAGACCAGUGAGACCUAUUCCAGACUGUUGGACACUGUGGUGACUGUGAUAAAGAAGGAAGAAAAUCAGCAAAAGAAUGAGGAGACUGACAAACAGGUGGAGGAAGAGAAUGCCACAGAGGAGGCUCAUCACCCACAUAUCAAAGACAACUUUGACUCCAUCCCUCGGCCACCCCUAAAGAGACAGAGGACCUCAUGUGCAUUGGUGGACUUGCUUGGAGCUACGUUUACCUCUACUAGUAACAAUACUGCACCAAAAUCAGAACAUGAUGUUGCUGCAGCUGAGAUCAAGAGGUAUAGAGAUGAGACCCCUUUGCCUCUCACAGGAAAUCCUCUCAGUUGGUGGAAGGACCAUGAAUAGGAAUGCCCUCAGCUAUCCAAAGUAGCAAGGAGUUUCCUAUGCAUUCCUGGAACAAGUGUCUCUGCAGAGAGUUUUCUCCUCUGCAGGAGACAUAGUAAAUGCACAGAGAAGUGUCCUGAGAGCUGACCAUGUCGAUCAGCUUGUAUUCCUGCACAAAAAUCUGGAAAUUGAAAAAUAAA